ACUCCCUUUUUCCCCAGUAGAGGGAGAAAGAUGGCGCCCACGCACGUACUGAGAUGCUGUCAACGGGGCUUAGCAUGGAUACCUGUGAUUUUUAUCGCCCUGGUCGUCUGCUGGUCGUACUACGCGUAUGUGGUGGAGCUUUGUUUAUUCACCAUCCUCAGUAUAGGAGAGCAGAUUGUCUACCUGAUCUUCUUCCACCUCUCUUUCAUCAUGUUUGUAUGGUCUUACUGGAAGACCAUUUUCACCCAGCCUGCGAACCCCUCCAAAGAGUUCUGCCUGCCCAAAGCUGACAAGGAGAGCUACGAGAAGGAAGAGAGGCCCGAGACCCAGCAAGAGAUCCUGUGGAGAGCCGCCACCAGUCUGCCGAUGUACACCCGCACAGGAGCCGGAGCAAUCCGGUAUUGUGACCGUUGUCAAGUGAUCAAGCCCGACCGGUGUCAUCACUGCUCCGCAUGUGACAUGUGUGUGCUAAAGAUGGACCACCAUUGUCCCUGGGUGAACAACUGUGUCGGAUUCUCCAACUACAAGUUUUUCAUCCUCUUCCUGGCUUACUCGCUGGUGUACUGCUUAUUCAUUGCGGCCACCGUACUGCAAUAUUUCAUAAAGUUCUGGACACUUUGCCGGAGGAAAUCGGCAGAGAACUGCCCAAAGAAUGACACUCACGCCAAAUUCCAUGUCUUGUUUCUCUUUUUUGUGGCGGCCAUGUUCUGCAUCAGUAUUCUGUCCCUCUUCACCUACCACCUGUGGCUUGUAGGGAAGAACAGGUCCACUAUAGAGGCAUUCAGAGCACCAGUCUUUAGGACGGGCUCCGAUAAGAACGGCUUCUCUCUCGGUUUCCGGAAGAAUAUCGCUCAGGUCUUUGGGGACCAGAAGAAGUACUGGCUGCUGCCGAUCUUCACCAGUCAGGGAGAUGGUCUGACGUUCCCCGCACGGCUGGUCAACGCAGCAGAUGUAGAGCAGGCCACAGUGACCCCGCGGCCGGAGCCCAGUAAAAGUGCUGCCGAUGAUGUCUCUGUGAGCCCCGUCGGAGAGUCACAGAACCGCCUCCUGUGCAACGACCAGCAUGCCAACAACAUCGGAGACCAUCAGGCUAAUAACACCCUCAAGUCAGCUGAAAGUGAAACUAUUACAAUCUCCGUGGAGAGCGAGUCCUAACCAGGAGAAACUCUGCAGUCGUCUAAUAUGAUGCCUUAACAGUUUAGUUUGUCACCAUGGCAACAGUCUCCCAGCGCAACCCCAUCCCUACAGACACAUUCAGAGUAACUAUGGAAAUGCAAUUUUUUUUUUUAUUUCGCACAGUACAGAAAUGCAUCUAUGGCAUUGCUGUUUUCUGCAUGUGGUGUCGUAAGCAAAUCUCACACCUACUCUCAUUGGACAUGUGAUACAAGCUUGUUCCUUCUCACACCACAACGCACAUACACACAUAUGCUAAUACUCAUACGUUCAACUGUACACAUAUUUCCUUGUGUUUACUUUGGUGGAGAAUUUACUGACGAGUGAAGCAUUUACUGACGAUGAGAAAAUUCAAGAAUCCCAGAUGGAAUAUGAGCUACUUUUGGUGUUUUUAAUGAGAAACUUUUUGAUGCCAAAAGCUUCCCGGGUGCACCAGGACUCACAUAUAGGCAACAAGCUGCAGUGAAAAGUGGGCGAACAUGCUCGAGCAGUGCGUUUUUUUGAAAGGCAGUACAUCCCGAGGAGAUGGAUCAGUAUGAUUCUUUUCUUUUCAUAAUGUUGGAGCGCAUCUGUGGUCCGCAACUUUUUCAGAUGGAUGUGUCCCACCAAAAACCUGGACUAUCUUACAGAGCACUCUCCUGCAUGAUUCAGUGGACGGAACCAGUGCACAACAGCAAGGACUGUAGCUGGGUUUUGGAUAUCAGAGCACAAGGUGGUGCAUUUGCACUUUGUAGAUUAUCAAUGUCCAUCAAACAAUGUGCUGCUUUAAAAAAAAAAAAAUCCUGUCCAAAAAGCAUCCCAGGUGUAACGGAUGUUGGAUGCUCAUGUGAUUAUGGCGUGUUGUUUGUAAGAAUUUGUACAACAGUUGAAGUGGCAGUCUUUAUUUUUUAAGAACUAACAGCAACUAAAAGAAUCCCCUUUUAAUAUGUUUUUUUUUGCCAACUUGUGUUAAAACAUGUUGCUUCUAAAUGACCUGGAAGAUGCAUUUCAAACAGUGCAGUAUCCGUCCCAACCCUUUCUUUUCCGAGUCAUAUGUUAGUAUGUCAUAUGCCGAUCAGUGAUUCUUACCCCGCGACGUCUACAGACUGUUAUUCUACAGCUUAGUGUUUCAGCCUUUACUAAGACACCAACACUCAUUGCCAAAUAAGGGCUGACCUGUCAGGAGCUCUGACCUCUGAACCUGAAGUGUUUACAACAUCCAAGCUUUAUCUUAAACUCACUGGUCAGUGUUAUCAUAACCAAAUUCUCAAGUCGUGGUGGCGCAAUAUUUUAUACAAGGUGUGUCUGUCCCUCCUGCCUGUAGCGGGUCAUGAUGUCCUUGCAAUACCAGUGCUGGCCGGUAGGUGGCGACACAUUCCCUGUUUUCUGCCCUCCUUCAGAUGGAGCUUUUUCCGAACUUGAUCAACAUGUGGCUCAGGGCUCAAUUCACUUUCAGUCUAAUCUGCAGGUGCAGCUUUCAUCAGAAUGACAUUUUGUUUUCAUGGGAUUAAUACGCAUUAUUUUCCUGAUAUCUUUUGAAAUGGAAGUGAAUUGAACCCAUCAGAUCAAAUGUAAAAGAGAGGUGUGGACUACAGCUUCUUCUCACCUGGUCUACUCGGUAUGUACUUGGGAGUCGGCUCAGUGUUGUGACCUUGAACUGUUAAAUGAGUCUCAGCUUGUGUAAAACGGUGAACUGUCUUGUGUCGGUGUUGAACAUCCGGGGUUGUGUCAGUGAUCUGUAAAUGAAGAAUUUUUUCAUGACUGCACAUGUUGAUAUCUGUUAAAUAAUGGACCAUUUUGUCAGUGUAACCAAAUAACAACUGUUAAGGAUUUAGUUACAUCCUUUCCCAGGGAAUUUUUCUUUUUUAUAUGCAACGUUCCGAUUCACAUUGGAGGGAUGCCCGGCAAGUUCCUGAUGUCCAUCAUUGCUCGUGUCUGACUGAUCACAUCCCUGACUGUUGCUGGAAGAGCCUCCUGCUAACUAGAUCCCACCCGGGUUUGGUGGUUUACACGUUUACAGCUGUUUCUAUCGUGGAGAGUGAGUUAGUGGUGUUGUACUGUGUGUGUGUGUGUGUGUGUGUGUGUUUUUGGUAAUCAUUGUCACAGUAUUGAUGGAUGUACCACAGACGGGACAGUGGGGGCAUAUAUUCAAAUAAUGGGGUGUUAAGAACAGCCCGUUCUUUGGACUUCAUGUCAACGUUUUAUCCUUCCAAUCAUGUUUGACCUUUUGAGCCCAAGUGUAUUAACAAUUACUCUUUGCAAACCAGAAAUUGGAGGACAUUUGUUAACUUGUGUAUCAUGCUUAUGGGGGCUAAGUAUCAGAAUAACACUGUGGUUCAAUCUCAAUUUAGCAGAUUAAAUUACUGUCAAGAGUUCAUGAUUCCAGCCAACGUUCUGUUCCAAUCAUGUGUCGAUCUUUUCUAACCCUCACACUUCACACAUUUAGUUUUAAAUAAAAUGUGUAUGAUUUGCAUCAUCUGUUAGGAGCUCGUUCCGCUCAUCACUUAUGGCCACUGAUUUUUGAAACAUUGGACCUGUCGUCUUGUUUUACAAAAUGCCUAUAUUCUCUCUCUGGGCUGUUCGGCCUUCAGACUAAAGUGUGUGUUUUGUAGUGCUUAAUUGAGUGUUCUUUUGUAAUAUUGUCUUGGAAGAAAUGCUUCUGUGCAGCCAUGAGAUUUUUACAUGUCAGUAUACAUACAUAACGUCUGACUAAUGCUCAAAAGUAUGACACCUAAAUUGUGUAAAAAUGUGUUUUGCCACAAUAAUUGGGGUUAUAGUGUUAAAACAAACAUUGGGGUUUUUUUUUUUUUUCAAUUAUUGCUAGUUGAGUCAUGUUUUAAAUGUAGCUUUACUCUGGUUUGUCUCAACUUUAUAAACAAAGCCAUAAGUCCUGCUGUGAAACAUAGGAAGGAUCUGAAUUGUUUUUUUGAAAAAGAUUAACCAUUUUACAUCUGUUUUCAUAAUGCAGAUGUAUUAUAACUUGCUUAUAGCUACACUUUUUUUUUGUUUCCUUUUGUUACAAUGUCCUAUUUUACAAUGUGUGUGUGUGUAUAUAUAUUGAUAAUGUAAGAAAAAGACUACAUAUAUAUUUUUCUUGUCUGAUUAAUUUUACUGUUCCUAUUUUGUGAAUGAAGCAAAUGCCUCUACACACUUAACGUGAACAUAACAAUAAAUGGUUUUUUUAAACCUUCCGCCUA